AUGGGCGAGCAAGAACCUGCCAAGGGGGAGAGCUUGGCCCAAUUCAGUGUGGAUUUGACCGAGUUCGCGAGGAACGGCAAGCUGGACCCUGUCAUCGGCCGAGAUGCAGAGAUCAAGCGGACCAUUCAGAUUUUAUCUAGGAGGACAAAGAGCAACCCUGUGCUCCUGGGACUGCCUGGUGUAGGUAAAACAGCCAUUCUAGAAGGUCUAGCAACGCGGAUAGUCAACAAAGAGGUUCCAGAGUCAUUACAGCACAAACGGCUCCUGUCUCUGGAUCUUGCCGCUCUGAUGGCUGGUACAGGUGUACGAGGAGAAUUCGAAAAGCGAUUCAAGGGACUAUUGAAGGAUAUCGAGGCGGAAGAAGGGAAUGUCAUUUGUUUCAUCGAUGAGCUGCACACGCUGCUGAAUCUCGGUAAAGCAGAAGGCUCGGUCAGCGGUUCGGAGAUCAUCAAGCCCGCCCUGGCUAGAGGUCUGCAGCUCGUCGGAGCGACUACUCUGGACGAGUACCGCAAAAGCAUUGAGAAGGAUGCGGCGCUCCAGAGACGAUUCCAACCGGUAAUGGUCGAAGAGCCUACGGUCGAAUCGACGGUGUCCAUCCUCCGAGGUCUCAAAGCUAGGUUCGAGGCUCAUCACGGUAUUUCGAUAGGAGACUCAGCACUCGUCACUGCUGCGGUCUACUCGGAUAGAUAUAUUCAGGAUCGGUUCUUGCCGGACAAAGCUAUCGACUUGGUGGAUGAAGCAUCAUCAGCUCUCAAGCUGGCGCAAGAAUCCAGACCUGCGAUUCUGGAACAGCUCGACCGGUCAAUUGCCAACCUUGAGAUAGAGCGAGAGUCGCUGAAAAAGGAAGAAGAUGAUUUCUCAAUCAGUCGACGCGAUCAGGUCGAAAUGGAACUGCACGAGAAGAAAGCGGAACAAGCGCGUCUGGCGGAGAUUUGGGCCAAGGAACGAGCGAAAUUUGCAGAGAUCAAGAGUCUCAAGGAGAGGAUCGAUCGAGCGCACACAGAGCUUGAGGCUGCUCAGCGUGCUGGAGAUUUUGAAAAGGCUUCCAAGAUCCGAUACGGACAGAUCCCAGAACUUCAGUCCAAGCUUCCACAGCAGCUUCCGGAUACCGCUACGGCCGUCGACGGUGAAGGCAGCAUGGUUGUGAGAGAUCGUGUGACUAGUGAGGAUAUCGCGGUUGUAGUGGCGACGACAACCGGUAUUCCAGUUGCAAAUCUCCUGAAGGGCGAGAGGGAAAAAUUGAUCCAUAUGGAAGAAGCCCUCAGACAGCGAGUCGUUGGUCAAGACGAAGUGCUCGAAGCCGUUAGCAAUGCCAUUCGACUCUCACGAGCUGGACUACAAUCUCCUUCUCGACCACUCGCUAGUUACCUAUUUCUUGGUCCCACGGGAACAGGCAAGUCCGAGCUCACGAAGGCAUUGGCAGAGUUCCUGUUCGCGGAUGCAAAGCGUUCUCUCAUUCAAUUGAACAUGUCCGAGUUCCAUGACAAACAUACCCUGUCUCGACUCAUUGGGUCGUCUGCGGGGUACAUUGGCUACGAAGACGGCGGUCAACUCACUGAGGCAGUCAGAAGGCGCCCAUACUCAGUAGUAGUCUUCGACGAGAUUGAAAAGGCGCAUCCCGAGGUAGCCAACAUUCUCCUCCAGAUCCUGGAGGAAGGAACUCUGACAGACGGCCAAGGAAAACAGAUCAACUUCAAGAAUACUAUCAUCUGUCUCACGUCGAAUCUCGGCUCAGAAGCUCUAUACGAACCUGGCGCAAACAACCCCGAUGGUACAAUCUCUGAAUCGGCUCGUGCCAAAGUGAUGGCCGCCACUGCGCAAUUCUUCCGACCUGAACUUCUGAACCGACUGGACGAUCGCCUGGUCUUCAACAAGCUUCCGCCAAAAGUCAUGCUUGACAUUGUGGACCUUCGCCUGUCCGAAGUUCAAAAACGACUCGAUUCGCGACGUAUCAAGCUUGAGGUCGAUGAUGCUGCCCGACAGUGGCUCGCCGAAGAGGGUUACUCAGAAGCUUUCGGAGCGAGAGCUGUAGCAAGAAUGAUCAAGGAUAAAGUCGUCAAGCCGAUUGCGAACCAGCUUCUGGAUGGUACGAUCAAAGACGAAGAGAUCGUUGAGAUUAGUCUCAAAGAUGGACACUUGGUCACUCAUCACUCCGCCUCGCCUCUUUCUGCCGAGAGACCCUACGAUGUCGAAGAGGCUGAAGUCGACACCACACAUCUUGACCGAAGUUUGCGAAGCUCCAGGAGCAACGCCAGUUAG